AUGUUGCUCUGCAAAGUGAAGGCACUGAAAGAGAAGAUUGAAUCAGAAAGAGGGAAAGAUGCCUUUCCAGUAGCUGGCCAAAAACUAAUUUAUGCAGGUAAAAUCCUUAAUGAUGAAACUGCUCUUAAAGAAUACAAGAUAGAUGAGAAGAACUUUGUGGUGGUUAUGGUGACGAAACCCAAAGCAGCAGCUGGAGCGACUCAGCCAUCAAAUGCCACUUCCACUGUUGGCUCAACAACUGCAGCCCCCACUGCGGUUGCUGCACCAAUCCCUGUUCCUGUCCCUGUGCCAGCUCCUGUCCCUCCACCACCAGCACCAGAUGCAGUGGCUUGUGAACCUGCAUCUGUGAGCGCUCCAAAAGAGGAGAAGCCAGAAGAAAAACCACCUGAGGCACCGGCUCCUGUCAGUCCAUCAUCAAUUGACAGUACAACAGGUGAUACAUCUCGAUCAAAUCUUUUUGAGGAUGCAAUAAGUGCACUUGUGACUGGUCAGUCCUAUGAGAACAUGGUGACUGAGAUCAUGUCCAUGGGCUACGAGCGGGAGCAGGUGAUUGCGGCACUGAGGGCCAGCUUCAACAAUCCUGACAGAGCAGUGGAAUACCUCCUCAUGGGUAUACCUGGAGAUAAUCAGGCUGUGGCGGACCCCCCUCAACCACCAAGCACUGGUGCAUCUCAGUCUUCAGCAGUGGCAGCAGCAGUAGCAACCAUACCCACGACUACUAGCUCACUAGGAGGGCAUCCACUUGAGUUUUUACGAAAUCAGCCUCAGUUCCAACAGAUGAGACAAAUUAUCCAGCAAAAUCCUUCUCUGUUGCCAGCAUUGCUACAGCAAAUUGGACGGGAAAACCCCCAACUACUGCAGCAAAUAAGCCAGCACCAGGAACAUUUUAUUCAUAUGUUGAACGAGCCAGUUCUAGAGUCUCGCCAAGGUUUAAGUGGCAGCGACGAUGGUGCCAGCACUGGAGGAAUAGGAGAUGCUGGGAAUGCUCAUAUGAACUACAUUCAAGUAACACCUCAGGAAAAAGAAGCUAUAGAAAGAUUAAAGGCAUUAGGAUUUCCAGAAGGACUUGUGAUACAGGCAUAUUUUGCUUGUGAGAAGAACGAAAACCUGGCUGCCAACUUUCUUCUACAGCAGAACUUCGAUGAAGACUGAGAGAAUUCUUUUUCUGUUUCACAACUCACACCAGUGCAUUACACUAACUCUGUUCACUGGAUUGUCUAGAAUAUUUGGGCUUAUAUUCAUAAUGCUUGGUGUAUGGCAUAUAGGGGGUGGGUGGAAGGGAGAACAUAGGAAACAAAGCAAAGAAAGCAACAAGUUUUAACUUUCUGUUUUAAAUGAGCAGAUGCAGAAAAUCGCACAGUGUAAAAAAAAAAAUAUAUAUACAACCAAAAAAUCAGCUUCUGCAGAUAGUUAGUUCCUUCUAUAAACUGUAGGUUAACUUUUUCUAGGUUUUCACUCUUACUGUACUAGUUCCAGAAGUGUAGUGUAAUGCACUGCUUCAUGUUCCUUCCCACUUAGUAUUGACAUUGGAAGUAGCCUGUGCUACCUAGAUUUUGCAGUCUGUAUUUCAUGACAACACUGGAUAGCGGCUGUGUGAAAUCUGAAAGAUCUGAGAAAAUGUAAUCCUGAAUGCCAAGAUAGGGGUGUUCGGGUUUUUUCUUCAGCUUUGUUAAAGUAGUACAAGAAACACUGUAUUUUUGUCUAAUGCUGAAGUAGAACAGUGUUGGCUUUUUUCUUUUUUUCCAAUGAAAACCUAUUACAGUUAAGUGUCCUGAUAAUUGAGAAACACCACCCCCUCCUUUGUCCCCCUGAAAUGAUCUGAGAAACUAUAUACAUACAGAAAAAAAAUUAUUAUCCUGUUUACAUAUUUUCUCUUUGGGAAAAAAAAUUAUAGAUAUCUAAUUACUGUUCUCUUAAUGUUAUCUUGCAGUAAAAGUUUUAAAAGCAAUAGAUUGCAUGUUUGGUUUUGUUAUAUGCACUCUAGUGAAUUGAAUAUUCUUUUUCUGCCAGCAAACAAAAUGCAAGCUUCAUUUUUGUCUGCUGCAAUGAGACUUAAUCAAAUCAAAUUUCACCUUCCCAACUUUGUUGAACCAGCUUUUAUAGUACAGCUGUAAGUGUUCUGUUGCUCUUGAGUAUAUUGUAGUGUUCAAGCUAUUUCUGUUAAGUAAGGACUUUUGGGGAUUUAUUCACUUUAUAAGGAAGAGAAGUUCAAAACUUGAGAUAUCAAGCAAACUAUCGAUUUAUUCCAGUGUAAAGAAAUUGACACUCAAAACUUUCUAUUGAAAAAUAAACUCUGGUUACAGAGUUUCAAAUAUUACUUCUCCAUACCUACUUGCUAUUUAUUUUGUUUAGUCAUCAUAAAAUGUUAACAGUCUCUUCUUUUUUUUUUUAGUACACGUUUACUUUUAGAGGUAAUUUUGCCCAUCAUUGCAAUACUAGGAAUAAAGACAAAUGUAAAUUUAAUCUAAAGCUGUUCUGUGCAACGUUACCUGAACGCAACAUGGGGAUAGUUUGAUUUUUCUACUGUUGUAGUCCAAUUACCUGGAUUACAAAUUUACCUCUACAGUAACCAGGAAAAAAGAUUAUUAGUGGUACAGCUCUGAACUCCUGUACAACUAAUGAUUUUAAUGAUUUAGUUGUACAACUGAAAAAUUAUUUUCUGCUGAGUUUAUCAGUGGAUUAACUACUUAACUACUACUUAAGCUCAAAGUACAAGUCAAGUGUCUUGAAAAAAAGAGCUAAAAAGACUGAAACACUUGUAUCACGUUUCUUCAUUGAUUGGCUGUAGUCUGUAAAAAUAUCUGCGCAAAACAAUGAAAUGUAUCAAAGCCUUUUACUUUUUUUCUAUUCUUAUACAUCUGUGAUAUUUUUCCAGAUAGUGUGUACUUUAAUUAUUCAGAUUUUGUUCUUUCAAAAUUUCUUAGUUAUAUGUCAUCUAAGUGAUCAGUAGCACAACCUAAAUCUAUCAGUAGGAGAUGUGAUACUGCUAAAUAGGAAAUAAGUAUUUUAUCAUUUUAGAGAAGUUAACAUUAAUACCUGAGUCAGCUAGUAGACUUCAUCUAAUAAGAUUCUCAGUUUAUCUGUGAACUGGGAGAGAUGGAUUUUGAUUUAACACUGCAUGCCAAAAGGGGCUGUUUGUUAUCUGUAAGAGGACCAGCUGUCAGGUACUUGAAAAACACCAAAUUGAUACAAGGACUUCUUGAAUGUACUUUUACUACAUAGCUAAUACCUAACUAAGACAAAAGCUUUUAGUUUGUGGGAGUCUUCUGUACUGAUCAAACUGCUAUGAGAAAUAACCAUUCCUUCUCUAGGAGGGUGGAGAAUAAAGCAAGAAUGUCUGGGUGUUUCAGUCCACUCCCUCCAAUUUUGAUUUUGAAAUGUUUACUUAUU